AUGAGACAAGACAGGAAUCGAAGCGAGGCGUCCCAGCUGUCUCCACCGGCCGGUCACAGCGGUAACACGGCGGACGUACCCAUGGAUCACGAGUUGUUGCAGAAAGGCUGCAACGGCAGCGACGGCAGCAACAGCAGCGACAGUAGCAACAACGGCAGCAGCAGCAGCAGCAAUGGUGGCGGCAGCAGCAGCAGUAGUGGCGGCGGCAGCAGUAUGAGCAGCCGCAAAAGCAGCGUCAGCAGCACUUCGGCAGCAUCUUCCUCGGGUCCCUCUGCUGGAGGUGUUAGUGUUUACCACAAGGAUAAUUUGUCAGGAUCGCCUCCCGGGUCUUUGCAGUCCUUGCGACUCCUUCAGGAGGUGCAGGGGCUGCCGGGAUCUCACGGAACGCAUGCAAGGCACAUGAUGUGUUUUCUGCAGCGUCUAUGGGUCUAUGACAGGGGGCUUGCUAAGCCGGUGGUGUUGCUGUGCUUCGUCGGGGGCCACGCGGCGCCACCGGAAGGCUGCCUUGUGCGUCAGCCGGGCUAG